CAAUAAAAUAUAUUUAUUUUGUUUAUUUCAGAUAUAAUCAAUGGCCACAAUCGAUGGAAGACCGGCACAAUAUGGGAUAUCACUUAAACAAUUACGCGAGCUUAUGGAGCAUCGUGGCAGGGAAGGGGUAGCAAAAAUCAGUGUUUGGGGAGUUCAUGAGUUGUAAAAACUAUAUACUUCUCCAAAUGAAGGAUUGAGCGGAUCGAAAGCUGAUGAAGAACAUCGACGUGAAACGUUUGGCUCCAAUGUCAUCCCACCGAAACCACCAAAAACAUUUUUAACUCUCGUCUGGGAAGCUCUGCAAGAUGUAACAUUAAUUAUCUUAGAGGUUGCAGCCUUAGUGUCACUUGGUUUAUCGUUUUAUAAACCUGCCGACGAAGACGCUCCUGUACUAGAAGAGGAAGAUGAACAUCAUGGUUGGAUUGAGGGUUUGGCCAUAUUGAUAUCGGUCAUAGUCGUGGUUAUUGUUACGGCUUUCAAUGAUUAUUCCAAAGAGCGUCAAUUCCGUGGACUACAGAGCCGCAUUGAAGGCGAGCAUAAAUUCUCUGUAAUCCGCGGAGGAGAAGUAUGUCAAAUAUCAGUUGGUGACAUUCUUGUUGGUGAUAUUGCUCAGAUCAAGUAUGGUGAUCUAUUACCCGCUGAUGGUUGCCUCAUACAAAGCAAUGAUCUUAAGGUGGAUGAAUCUUCACUCACAGGUGAAUCAGAUCAGGAAAAAGGUAUUGAUUGUGAUCCAAUGGUACUAUCGGGAACACACGUUAUGGAGGGCAGCGGUAAAAUGAUUGUUACAGCUGUUGGAGUAAAUUCCCAAGCUGGUAUAAUAUUCACUUUACUUGGUGCCGCUGUCGACGAACAGGAAGCUGAAAUUAAAAAAAUGAAAAAAGAAGCUAAAAAGGCGAACAAACAAAAGAACAAGAGCCAGACAGGUGAAGCCCCAACGAAAUCAACAUCUCAUGCUCCGCAAUCACAUGCCACAAAUGACGGAAUUAAAUCAGAAUCGGAUGGAAAUCAUGUUCAGCAGCAAAGGUCAUCAUCCGCUGCUGAAACUGGCCAAAAAGAAAAGUCUGUGCUGCAGGCCAAGCUAACCAAGUUGGCAAUACAAAUUGGAUAUGCUGGUUCGACAAUUGCUGUGCUCACCGUCAUUAUUCUAAUUAUACAAUUCUGCAUUAAGACAUUUGUUAUCGAUGAUAAACCUUGGAAAAAUACUUACGCCAACAACUUGGUUAAACAUUUAAUCAUUGGUGUCACAGUAUUAGUUGUGGCAGUACCAGAAGGUCUUCCACUGGCCGUUACAUUAUCGCUGGCCUAUUCCGUUAAGAAAAUGAUGAAAGAUAAUAACUUGGUACGUCACUUAGAUGCUUGCGAGACAAUGGGAAAUGCGACAGCAAUUUGCUCAGAUAAAACUGGUACUCUUACGACAAAUCGGAUGACCGUUGUUCAAUCAUAUAUAUGUGAAAAGCUUUGUAAAGUACUGCCGACACUCAACGAUAUACCACAGCAAGUAGGCAAUUUAAUAACCAUGGGCAUUUCUGUAAACUCGGCAUAUACUUCCAACAUUAUGCCUGGCCACAAUCCCGGCGACUUGCCAAUUCAAGUGGGAAACAAGACGGAAUGUGCCCUCCUUGGAUUUGUUCAGGGCUUAGGAGUUAAAUAUCAAUCAAUUCGCGAUGAAAUACCCGAGGAUAGAUUUACUCGAGUUUACACUUUUAACUCAGUGCGUAAGAGUAUGGGCACUGUAAUACCCAGACCCAACGGUGGCUAUCGAUUGUACACAAAGGGUGCUUCAGAGAUUAUCAUGAAAAGUACAUGUUCAUUUAUCUACGGGCAUGAGGGUACAUUAGAGAAAUUUACACGUGACAUGCAGGAACGCUUAAUACGCGAAGUAAUUGAACCAAUGGCAUGCGAUGGAUUGCGCACAAUAUCGGUUGCUUAUCGCGAUUUUGUGCCGGGAAAGGCGGCUGUUAAUGAGGUGCACAUCGAUGGAGAACCAAAUUGGGAUGACGAAGAAAAUAUUAUGUCAAAUUUAACUUGUCUAUGUGUUGUUGGUAUUGAGGAUCCGGUACGGCCAGAAGUGCCAGACGCCAUACGAAAGUGCCAACGUGCCGGAAUCACUGUCCGAAUGGUAACUGGUGAUAACAUCAAUACAGCUCGAUCAAUUGCCAGUAAAUGUGGUAUUUUGAAACCAAACGACGACUUCCUUAUUCUAGAGGGUAAAGAGUUUAAUAGGCGAAUUCGCGAUACGAAUGGCGAUAUUCAACAACAUCUGAUUGACAAAGUUUGGCCAAAAUUACGAGUUCUAGCCCGUUCAUCACCAACUGAUAAAUAUACGCUAGUCAAAGGUAUGAUUGACAGUACGGUGACAGACAAUCGGGAAGUUGUUGCUGUUACGGGCGAUGGUACUAACGAUGGUCCCGCAUUAAAGAAGGCCGACGUUGGUUUUGCAAUGGGUAUUGCGGGGACCGAUGUGGCUAAAGAAGCAUCAGAUAUCAUUCUCACUGAUGACAAUUUCAGUAGCAUAGUCAAGGCUGUUAUGUGGGGUCGCAAUGUCUAUGAUUCCAUAGCAAAAUUUUUGCAAUUUCAGUUGACCGUCAAUGUAGUAGCCGUCAUUGUUGCAUUUAUUGGAGCUUGUGCCGUACAGGACUCCCCUUUAAAGGCAGUACAAAUGUUAUGGGUAAAUCUGAUUAUGGACACUCUAGCAUCACUGGCUUUGGCUACGGAAGUGCCAACGCCAGCUUUACUACGUAAACCUUAUGGUCGUACUAAGCCACUUAUAUCACGCACAAUGAUGAAAAAUAUUUUGGGGCAGGCCUUAUAUCAACUGGUAAUAAUAUUUGGAUUACUUUUGUCGGUAAGUGACUUGAUUCUGGAUAUAGAGUCUGGAAGGAAUCAAGAUCUAAACGCUGGACCAACCCAACAUUUUACUAUUAUUUUCAACACAUUUGUUAUGAUGACAUUGUUUAAUGAGAUUAACGCCCGUAAAAUCCACGGACAACGCAACGUAGUCGAAGGACUUACCAAUCCCAUAUUUUAUACUAUAUGGAUAUUUACAAUGAUUUCACAGGUUGUCAUAAUUCAAUAUGGUAAAAGCUUUUCAACAAAAGCCCUGUCUCUUGAUCAAUGGCUAUGGUGCAUAUUCUUCGGAAUCGGUACACUAGUUUGGGGACAAUUAAUCACUUCAGUGCCUACACGAAAAUUACCUAAAAUUCUAUCUUGGGGACGCGGACAUCCAGAGGAAUACACUGACGCUAUGAAUUUGGGUGAGGAACGCUUCGAUUCUAUUGACUCGGACAAAAAGCCGCGAGCUGGACAAAUUCUAUGGAUACGAGGCUUAACUCGUCUUCAAACUCAAAUUUCUGUACCGGUAAUAGGCGGCGAGUUGCAAGAACGGUUGAUUCCGGUUCCCUAUAGCAAGAGCAACACUGAUCAAGCUAUACGUGUGGUGAACGCCUUCCGACAAGGUCUUGACGCUCGUUAUGGUGAACACACCAACACUUCCUUGGCUGAGGUGCUGCGCAAACAGACAUCGCUGAGCAAACGCCUUUCGGAAACUUCUUCCAUUGAGUAUGCCGAUAAUAUACCAGAUGAGCUGACCAUACCCGAAAUUGAUGUAGAGCGGUUAUCGUCCCACAGCCAUACUGAAACUGCAGUCUAAAAGUCGUAUCAAGCAAUCUCUCAUGAACUCCCCAAACACCCACAUACUUACUAACCUAGAAAUUCUACCUAUAAUUAGAUACAUAUCUCAGUAAAAUUAAUAUAUGUGCAUUAUAUUUUAUUGACUUUUUUUGCAAACUUUGACUUCAGAGUUUUAUUUACUAUUUUUAUUGAACAGGCAAUUGAUAAUGAUAUUUAAGACCAAAAGCAUUUUGAAUUUAUUAAUGCUAAAUUAAUUUGAAAAUUUUCAUCAACGAAAAUUGAUAUUUGUGCAAAAGAAAGAUUUAUUAAAAAUAGAAACGAAAUUAAGAUUUACUUUCAACGCAUAAUUAAGUAUGAUAUUGAAUUUCAAUUUCAAUCGUCGAAGCAUCGAAUUUUCUAAUGUGCAAGUGCCCUUAUGUCGAUAGCUGUCCAUUCUUUUUUCUUUCUUAACAAUGGCUGUUUUCAAUUCUUUUUACCUUCGAAAUUGUCUUCCUCCUACGUAAACUUUUGAGGAACAUGAGCCUCAAAGAUCCUCUAUUGCAUUCUGCUGGAAUGGACCUAUGUCUGGACCUAUAUCUGGCCAAUCUAAUGACGUGAUACUCUUCCACUCGACAAAUGAGAAUGCGCUGAAACAUGUAUCGAGACAUUAUCUUGUUCAAAUAUCCUGUCCGCAAAUUAGAUAAGAAUACUUUCAAGAAGAUCCGUAUAUAUUUGCGAAUCAACCCGGCUAGGUUUAAAGCAUAUAAGCAUACCCAAGCAACUAAAAACUGACCAUACCCUGAGAGAGCCACAACCAAAGUUAGCAUAGAGCAAGUCUGCCGGGGAUGCCUUGGAUUGGCCAAAAUUUCUGAUUUUCAUCUGGACUAUCCAAAUUAAGCUUUUCUCAUUACUUAAGAUACACUUUUCAACUAUAUUUUUGGAAAAUAAAAGGGCCUUCUAAUGCCGGGUUAACUUUUUAAAUGCGAACUUUGGCGUCACAUUUCAAGUGCAACUUCUUUCGGCAAAUCUGUUACACCCUUUGCAUAGUUAUUGGCAAUUUCAAUUGUCCCUUUAUCGCAACUUAAAGUUUAACCCGUACCUAAGGCUCAGAUA